UCUCUCUCUCCAAUCUCCAUUCCAAACUUCUCUUCUUUUCAUCCUGCGCCGAUGGCCGAUCCGCCGAUUAGGAAUAUAAUUUUCCGAAUUAUUCGCAAUCAUUCAGGUCGUCCAUCGUAGCUUGAUAAUGUAUUUCUUUGUACUGUAUUUAUUUCUGUUAUUAAUUAUUUUACGUGAUUAACACACGUACGAAUCGUUCAAAUCUGCCCAUCAUGCAAAUUUUGUCAUAGGUGGAGGUUUGUUUACAGUCUGGAAAAGUGUGUCUCUAAUUGUUUACUCAAGUCAUGACUUCUCACGAAAGAACCGUUCUUCUCAAGUUGGAGGCAGUGAAGGAAAUCCG